AUGGCUGCAGCUUUAGAGUGCUGGUCGAGCCGAGCCAGCACGGACGAGGACAUGGUGGAGCAAGUAGUCUUAAUGAAAACGCACCACCGAUCCGAAGCUUCACCGGAGACCGCAAAUUCCGCCACUACAACUGGUGAUGGUAUUAAAGAAUCCUCCGCAAUGCAGAAGCGGCUGCAGAGGCUAAGCCGCAACGUGUCUGAAGCCAUUGCCUCGCUCAAGAAUUCCCUCAACCUCGACUCUGCCCGCCAGCCCGCGUUUUCAGCACAAUGGGGUGGACCCGAAAGCUGCCGAAAACAGAUUUGGGCAAAUGUUGUGCGAAGCUUAACUCAAGUUUAUCCAUGUAGUCAGCUCCCACAAAAGCUCGUUAACAAUAUUCGCAAACAUUACGAUUCUUUACCAAUAAGCUAUGCACAAGCUGGAUUCGAGAUGAAGGAUGUAUUUCUGCAUAUGAAAUUGAUCGAGCAAGCGAUAAAGGAGGACCAUCCAGCGAUAACGAUACAAGAAGUGUCUGUUAACGAAGUUAGUGGUUCAGUUGUAUUUAAGCUGAUAUUUGCUUCUAAAUCUUCAAUUUCAUGGCCAGCAAUGUCAGGGGCGCUUGAUAAUGCUUCAAUUUGUUGCAAGAAAGUUCAGAUAUUUGAGAGGAAGGAUUUCACUUUGGGAAUUGUUAUACUUUUGGUUCAUUCUGGGCUACAAAAGUUGUUCAAAACGCGGAUAGAAAAUGCACUCAAAUUGUUUCUAAAGAAAGCUAAAGGUACUACCAUGAAGCUCCCAUUUAGGCUUUGCGGCAGUCAGAAGGAGAAUACUGGAUGUAGAGAGUUCGGAGAGAUGGAUGAAGAUAACCGGGAGCAGGAUCAUAGAAAUGGAAUUGAAAGUUCAAGCCCUGAGAUUCAGUUGAAAAUGCCUUUACCAAAUAGUUCUAUCAUGGUUUCAGUUGAUGAGUGGCAGACUUUGAGAGCAGGUGGGAAUGAGAUUGGGAAGUGGCUGCUGAACACGGAUGGUCUUGAGUUUACCGAUCAGAUUGGGCCUAAUUCGUUCAAGGGGGUUUACAAGGGGAAAAGGGUGGGAGUUGAGAGGCUGAAGGGGUGCGACAAGGGGACUGCAGCUGACUUUGAGCUUAGGGAAGAUUUAUUGGCGUUGAUGACAUGUGGGCACAAGAAAAUUUUGCAAUUUUAUGGCGUUUGUAUUCAUGAAAAUCAUGGCUUAUGUGUUGUGACUAGACCAAUGGAAGGUGGAUCAGUUCAUGAUUUGAUUCUGAAGAAAAAGAGACUUCAAAUUAAAGAACUUAUUAGGAUUGCUGCUGAUGUAGGGGAAGCAAUCAAGUUUAUGAAUGAUCAUGGUGUAGCAUAUAGAGACCUUAAUACACAAAGGAUUCUGAUUGAUAAACAGGGAAAUGCUUGCUUGGGAGACAUGGGAAUAGUUACAGUUUGCAGGAGUGGUGGUGAACCUAUGGAGUAUGAAACUGAUGGCUAUAGGUGGCUAGCUCCUGAGAUCAUUGCAGGUGACCCUGAGUGUGUUACUGAGACAUGGUUGAGUAAUGUGUAUAGCUUUGGCAUGGUUAUAUGGGAAAUGGUUAGUGGUGAGAUGGCAUAUUCCGCUUAUUCACCGGUUCAAGCUGCUGUUGGAAUAGCUGCCUGUGGGCUUAGACCUGAUAUCCCAGAAGACUGCCCCCCAAUCCUACGCACUCUGAUGACCAAGUGUUGGAACAAUUGCCCUUCCAAGCGUCCUCAUUUCUCUGAAAUUUUAUCAACAUUAUUAAUUCAUGCAUCAUGUUAACGACUGUGAUAACAAUUAAUGUUCUUCAUCAAAAAAUGAUAUAGCCAUCCUAAUGUACUUGCUUGUACAAGAUAUCUUACAGGAGUAUAUGCUGAGAUGCCUGAUAGAUAUACUAGAGAAAUCGCAUUUUAGGCUCCGAUUAUUAGAAGUUAUUAAUAUAGAACUCGAAUACUCAUGUUGGACGCUUCAU